CUUUUAUGCGAACAAAGAUGACGGAGGCUUCUUCACCCAUCAUGGACACCGAAGAUCCUGAGUUCCGCAGGGAGUUGCGUAAGCAGUACCGCGCACUUCACCAGGAGGCUCGAGGACGAAAGGAUGCAUACAUCCAGCCUAAUAGUUCUUCUUUGCUUGAGAUGGUAAAGAAGGCGGACGCUCUCCACAAAAAUGUAAAGCGAACAAGAGAGCAAGCCGUUGACGCGGAGCUCAUGUGCACGCUUGUUGACUAUGGCGUCGAAAUGUCCAAGAAACUAGGCCAUCAAGGCGCAGCUUCUUUCACACCAUCGGAUUUUAUCACACGCGUUUGCGCGAUGUAUGUGCGAGGGUGGGAUCCGCAAUUUCAGGCUACGUUAGACCACGGUUCGUUAGAUUGGCGGGUGUUCGGUUCUUCAGUGUCCAAACGAUUCAAGACUCCGCAACUACCACCGUUUAUGAACGGUGUUCUAGACACCGAGUUGAAGAAGCGCAAAAAAAAUGCGAAGAAACGAAUAUGCGCGCCGAACGGCCCCGUUGUAAACCCCGAAGAGUUGGAUAACACUUUAAAUGAACAACAGACAGACCACGCCAUGAAACAAAUGUUGAAACUUGUUAAGAAACGGCGGGAGCGGAAUCCGGAGGAACCCUUCCGCGUGGACGAGCUCGUGGCGAAUCCAAAGUCAUUUUCGCAGUUUGUAGAGAAUGUUUUUACGCUCUCUUUCUCUGUGAAGGAUGGAGAGCUUGGGUUUGAGCACCGAGGCGACGACGCAGAUGAGUGCCCGGUGGUAGUAAAAAGGGGGAAGCCGGAGGGGGGACUGGUUGGGCGAUCAACUUUCGUGAUGCACUUAGACCUUAAAGGUUGGCGGCAGAUGGCGAAAACGAACAAGAUGAUGGUAGGCGCGGUGCCUCACAGAGACGAACUUGUAGGUGAAGAGAAAGAGAAGCCAGGCUCCAUUUCCACCACUGUGGGAAGAGGAGUUGGAGGAGGCAAGGUUGGUGGUGUGGAAAACGUGCAAAAUAGUUAAAUUGCUAGCGCUGGUGAGGUUGUUUCGAACUCAGUAGAACUGGAGGAGGCACCAUCUGAGCUUCGAAUCAACUCGGAAUGCGCGCGAUCUUUUUUAAAGUGACGCAGGGGUUUUGUAAUUCCACUUUUCGAACAAAAACUAUAAUCGAAGGUACCAAAUUUGUAUUAGUAUUUCACUGAAUCUAAUG